UGGAACACCAAGCUCUGUACUUCCUAUUCCUACACAAACUAAUGACCUGAAUCCCAUACGCACACGCCGGCACAACUCACCCACUUUCAGAUCUCACCUAUAACUCUCUCGCCCUACAAGCUCUACCUCUCGGCGUCCAAUUGACACCUACCCCCAACAUAGGCCAGAAUGGCCAGCUACGGCUACCCUCAACAACCUGCUCAAGGCGGCUACGGCGCGCAAAACCUCCAGUUCUACCCCUCAUCCUACGGCACACAGCCAGUAUCAGGCCACUCUACACCCUUCCAGGCAUACAAUGGAGGCGCACAGUCGCAAGCAUUUGGCGGCGCGGGCUUCGGAAGUGGAUUUGGAGGACAACCUGGUGUGAGCGGGCGGAUGGGCGAACAAGGUGGAUUACGAACGGGCUGGCUGGCGGCGUUUGGGACAGAGGGGUAUGAUGGCGAGCCGCCGCUACUGGAGGAGUUGGGCGUAAACUUUGGCCAUAUCAAGACCAAGACACUGGUAGUGUUGAAUCCGUUCGGGAGAAUAGAUCAGCAUAUCAUGGAUGAUUCGGAUCUCGCUGGACCGAUACUGUCGUUUUUGCUGUUCGGCACAUUCUUGUUACUGUCUGGUAAAGUGCACUUUGGCUAUAUCUACGGACUUGCGCUCCUCGGUAGCAUUUCCCUCCAUGCAGUACUCUCUCUUAUGUCGCCUCCUCUCUCAGCCGCGGAAGAGGCUAGCGCACAAGGACAUCAUCACUCGUCAUCACACUUUCAGUCCACGCUGACAUUUCCUCGAUCGGCAUCUGUAUUGGGAUACUGCCUUCUACCGCUCGUAAUAAUAUCUCUGAUCGGCAUUGCGAUUCCAAUGGAUGGCAUGUUUGGUUAUAUCUUGACGAGUCUGGCAAUUGCGUGGUCCACGUAUAGUUCCAGCGCCAUGUUUUGCGCUGUCGGAAGGAUGAGUGGUAUGAGGGGAUUAGUGGCAUAUCCGUUGGCAUUAUUCUACGUUGGGUUUGGGAUCAUGAGUAUCUUUAGCUCAAGAGGGACGGGCCCAAUCUCUGCGGCUUCGAGUAGCUGAGUGACGUGGAUGGUCCUGCAAUAUCAAUCACCACCUCAAAGAAGAUGUCUUCUAUGCUCAUAUACACACUACAUACGGGCAGAAUUGGCCCGAGGUCUGAGGGGCGUAUCGAUUCUGGAUACUCGUGCUGCAUGGGAAGACUAAUGGCUUUGCAUAGUCGUCCAAAGAGAAUCCUGUGGGUUGGUGAGUACAGUAUGGUUCAAAUUCGUCCACCUUUUGGCCACUCUCAUGGGUAUGACGGGCCUCGAAGAUCUAGUAGCUAUAGUGUCAUACUGGAUUCAGUCUUCAUGCGCGACCACCAUGGGCUGGAAGGAUAUUGACAGUGUUUGCCGCAUUGUUAGUGUUGACUGAUGACGAGUUUCCAACGACGAAAAGCGAAAAAUGUAGACAACAGUCUUACAAGAAUGAAUAUGAACGAUGGUAUUAGGGUGCCUCAUAAUAAGAACCAUGCGCU